UUGAAUUUUCCCCCUUAGCGUUCUACCAUAAUAUGUUUUCUGGUCGAAUUACAAGUUAAUUGUUUUCGACAUUGUACAUUAACUACCUUGAUAAGGAAUUUGAUACCCAAUCGGAUCAGGAGACUCAUGCUCAUAUAUUCUUUCCAAAGACCUAGAACGUCUCUUCUCCACCCUGUUGGUUCUCGAGAGCGUGCUGGGUAGGAACCGCCCCCCUCUUUGAUUCUGCUCCUUGUUUUCGCAGCCAGGAUCUGAUCUGAUUUAACAGUUUCGCAGGGUAGAGUUUACAUGGGUCGGCGAAAUCUCUGCUUCGAGUUGAUUCCUGACACGAAGGCUCGGCGACGGAGCUUCGCGAGGAGAUGCAAAGGGCUGAGAAAGAAGGCCUCCGAGAUCCACAAGCUUUGCGACCUGGACGUCCUCGUCAUCAGCUUUUCGUCGGACGACGACAAGAUGGUGGCAUGGCCGGAGGAGCCGGAGGAGGUGCGACGCAUCGUGCACCGCUUCCUGAUCAUCGACAAGCGGCAAAGGGAGCGCUGGUCCAACAGCCUAGUGCAGGUCCUGGAAGAGCGGGUGAUGCAGAAGACGCGAGCGAAGAAGAUGCCUGAAGACUACGCGACGCGGGUCCAACGGCUCGACGGCCUGUCAAAGGAUAAGGUAGCAGACCUUCUCCAUGACAUCGACUGCCAGAUGUCACUCCUGAAGCUGAAGAUUAAGUUGUUGGCAGAGAAGAUGGUUGCAAGCCAACAACAGCUAGACGGUGGUUCUCAAACCCAGAUUCCUAACGACAGCGUUGACGAAGAAUAUAUGCAGCCUAAACAACCAUGCGAUCCGGCGGAAGAAGACCACUUCCAUGUCUCGGAGUACCUCGGUGUCGAUCUUGGGGGUGAUGCUGUUGCUUCUGAUCAUUAUGUUGCCGGUCCCCCUGCCGCCUCUUACAAUACCGUGGAGAUGGGGAUCGCGAAUUCAUUGUUACCUGUGCAGGACUUCAGUGACGGGCUUGACUGGUUUCCGUGGCCGCCAGCAGAUCAGGGUGGCUUGGAGCUUAUUGUCCAGCAAGCACUGCAAGGAAUUAAGGAUGCUAAAAAUUAGUGUGUGGGUGUCAUAUAUAUGACUUGGAAGGGGCAAUUUUGUUUGUCUGAGAUCCUUCAGGCGGUAUAGCUCUUUCCCGUCUUAACUACAAAUAAAUAUAUAGAGGGAGGGAUGCUGAGGCUUCAGAAGGGGUAGUUUUGUUCAAUACGCAACCUCCCUGCGUUAUUUGCAGGGUGCCAGAUUCUGUAAUCUCUGAUCCAUCAGUAAUAAGA